AUGGUGAGUAAGGAGCCCAGCAAAUGCUUACUCACCGCCUCGGAAAGCGAAGUUGAGCCAGCAGCUUCGCUCGCUUUGGAGAUGAAAUACGCCCUGGAUCCCAACCGGCAGAUUAAGAAACGCAACAAAGCUCUCCAAGUGAGAUUUAAAGAUAUCUGCGAGGCCCAGAACGAGCAGAGGGACAAACAGCUGUCCACCACGCAGGAUCCCGACAAGAGAGAAGCCAAGCCCAUCUCCUACAAAACGGCCUAUCGCAAGUACAUGACGGUGCCUGCCCGGAGGUCCAUACCCAACGUCACCAAGAGCACAGGAGUCCAGACUUCACCCGAUCUUAAAAAGUGUUACCAGACCUUUCCUCUGGACCGGAAAAAAGGGAAUAUUCUAAAAAGCGCCUCAACUGUCGACACCUUUAAGAGUCAAAACAACGGGUUUCUAAUAGACGUUAAGGACAAAGACGGCAGAAGCUCAGGGGAGGUUCAGUUGGGUAAGAAGGCCAGCAGCCUACAAACGGCGGAGUUUAUUUCCCACAUCAACGAGCGCACCAACACGGGAUCUCGCUACAACGGGGCCGAGGCCUGGAAAAGCAGCGAUUUGCACAGCUCUCCCAAAGAGCCGCCAACUCCUCCUCUCCCAAACUCGGCUGACCCUGCUUUGGAGGAGCCCAUCGCCGCCCGGCCACCCAGCCGAGCGAAACAGGCGACGGGGCGGCCAGGGAGCGAGGAGGCCGCCCAGUCCCUCCACGGAAGGGUCUUCAAGACUGAAGUGGCCACCGUUUAUUUACCGGCUUCUGGUUCCAACGCCUCGCAGCCCGACCUGGCAAAUCUUACGGCCGAGACAGACUGGUCACCGUGCCCGACAAGCGAGGAGGAUAAAAAGAGGACGGUGCACCUGAACGGUGUUCAGCCUCAGGCGGGAGAUGCUGGAGCCUGCUCGUCGCGGGCGCAGUGCCAAGCCACCGAAUGUAACGAACAGACCCUUCAGAUAAACGUUUCACCCAUGGAGGAGAACCAGCCUUGCCGGACGGCCGUCGCGGUGAGCGAGGAAUGCCAACAAAUCGUGCCUCACACGGAAGUUGUGGACUUGAAAGCACAGCUUCAGAUGAUGGAAAAUUUGAUCAGCUCUAGUCAGGAAACCAUAAAAGUGUUGUUGGGUGUUAUACAGGAGCUAGAGAAAGGAGAAGCUCACAGAGAAGGGCUUUCCUAUCGGACUGGUCAAGACACGGCUAACUGCGACACGUGCAGGAACAGUGCGUGUAUUAUCUAUAGCGUGGAACUGGAUUUUAAACAGCAAGAAGAUAAACUACAGCCAGUUUUGAGAAAACUUCAUCCUAUUGAGGAAACUCAGGUUGCACCUUUGCCUUAUUCUCAGGAGAGCUACUCCUCCACUCCCAAGCAAAAAUCCAAAACUGAAUCAAAAAAGCAUGGAAGAUGGAAACUCUGGUUCCUUUAACCCAAGUCCAUUACAUGGGGAGUUCAAGGCCUUCUUUGAAAAAAAUAUUUGGAGUUCUAUCAAUCAUCUAUAACGGGAUCUUGGUAGACUGAUCCGCGUUACCGGCCAAUGUAAUUCUGACCGUUCUGGCAGCGUUCAGUUCUCACCCUAUGUACCAAAAAGGCCUUUGUACGUAUAGACUCAUGUCCAGAAGCAAGGCGUUAGAUAAUCCCUUGCCAACCUUUAUUUGCAGUUCACCAAUGUGGGAUGUAAAACCUGAGUUGAGAUUUGUACAAAGAUGGAAAGUAAAACUAUUCCCCCCCCCCGACCCAGAUCUGAAAGCUUCACAUUCUAACCUGUUAAAUCGUAGGCUGUCAUCCUGUACACAGCUCAGUAUCACUGUUGUUUUAAAGCCUUUUGGGGG